AUGGAGCCAAGUACCCGUAAGACCAGUGAAUCAGAGGAAGACUAUGGUGAAGAAGAGGAAUCCGAGGAACCCCUGGCCAUCAAUCUGACCAACUGCAAGUAUGAGAGUGUGCGUCGGGCAGCCCAAAUGUGUGGCCUGAAGGAGAAAAUCAACCACUUCCCUGGCAUGACAGAAAUCUGCCACAAAGAUCUGCUGGCUCGGAACCUCAACCGCAUGCAGAAACUCUAUCCUACUGAGUGCAACAUCUUCCCGUGCACCUGGUGCCUCCCUGCAGACUAUGGGGACUUCCAGUCCUAUGUCCGUCAGCGAAAAACCCGCACUUAUAUCUGUAAGCCAGACAGGGGCUGUCAGGGACGUGGCAUCUUCAUCACCCGAAAUCCAUGGGAGAUCAAGCCAGGAGAACAUAUGAUCUGCCAGCAAUACAUCUCCAAGCCCUUCCUCAUUGAUGGCUUCAAGUUUGACAUGCGAAUCUAUGUCCUGAUCACAUCCUGUGACCCUCUUCGGACCUUCAUGUAUGAGGAGGGUCUGGCCCGCUUUGCCACCAUGCCCUAUGUGGAGCCCAGCCACAGCAACCUGCACAAGGAACCUAGGCAUGGAAUUAAGAUUAGUGUUAGGGAGCUUCCUGUCUGCAGCCCGGCCCCACUGGUCGUCCCUCUCAGCACUGGGCCUCACAGGAAGCUGUCAACACUCAACGCCUGGCUGCAAGAGCACAGCUACGACCCCCGAGAGCUGUGGGGAGACACUGAGGACAUCAUCAUCAAAGCCAUCAUCUCAGCACAUUCUGUUCUUCACCACAGCUACCGAACCUGUCUUCCCCAGUAUCUGAGUGGAGGUACAUGUGCCUGUUUUGAGAUCCUCGGUUUUGACAUCUUGUUGGACCACAAGUUGAAACCCUGGCUGCUGGAGGUAAACCACUCUCCAAGCUUCACCACUGACUCACACCUUGAUCAAGAAGUGAAGGAUGCACUUCUCUGUGAUGCCAUGACCCUUGUCAACCUCCGGGGCUGUGACAAAAGAAAGGUGAUAGAAGAGGAUAAGCGGCGAGUCAAGAAGCGGCUUUUCCAGUGCCACCAACAGCCAAGAGAAGCCAGGGGCCCCAGGCUAGAACAAACUGAGUCAUCCCAUGCAGCAAUGCUGGACCAGGAACGCUAUGAGGAUUCCCACCUGGGGGGAUACCGGCGGUUCUACCCUAGGCCUGACACGGAGAAGUACGCCUUCUUCAAGCACAACGGCUCCCUCUUCCGGGAGACUGCUGCUUCCAAGGCCAGAGAGGAGUGUGCCAGGCAGCAACUAGAAGAGAUCCGCCUUAAGCAGGAACAGCAGGAGACCUCAGGCAAUAAGAGGCGAAAGGAAAACAAGGACCAGAACCAGGGUGAAUCAGGAAGGGAGAAGAGCCAAUCCAGGGCCCGGCUCAGGGGCCUUUCCACCCACUUGGCUUAUAGGAACCGGAACCGGGAGAAAGAGGUGUCAGGGGUUUUGCAGCUCUUGCUUUUCUGCAGGAAAACGGGUUGGGACUACGAGAGAAGGGAAUCUCUGCUGUCCUCUCCUCCUCUUGUACGAGAGAUGAGUUCCUAAUCAGUACGUUGAAUCUGACCUUUUGGAACAGGAGGUGAGAAAGUGGAUAGCAAAGGGAACCUUCCACCAAGGCCAGGGAAGGGACAGAGGUAGAGUGGGCAGGAGUCUUGCAGCCAUCCUUGUUGAUGACUGGGGACUCAUUCUUGGAGAUCCUGCAUUCAUCUCUCAUGUACCUUGUAGCUGCUACCAGUACACCUGGACACUAUGCAGCCGCAAGAAAUUGUGGAAGAGGAGGAGCUGGAGCGGAUGAAGGCCCUGCUACAAAGGGAAAAUCUCAUCAGAAGUCUGGGUAUCGUAGAGCAGAUCACCCGCAUGCUGUACCCCAGCCACCGGGGCCAGAAAAAACUUCAUGAGUAUCGGAUGAGGGUCCCUGCACAGCCUCUCAUAGAACAAGGGAACAAGGGCUCUACCGCACAUGGUGGUGGCCACAGCCAAGGAGGCUAAUGUGAUGGUGUCUGGCAGUGGAGCCUGGGAAAGCAGUGUAUGCUGGGCCUUGGGAAAGGGUCUGUUGGUUGCUUUUGCAUGUGUUCCGAAGCUCCCUUGUUUCUAGUAAUGACAUCCAGCCAAGAGCAGUCUCACUUACAAGAGACUUGUUCUCUAUAUUCCUAUCUUGCAAUAACCCCAAACUCAUGACUGACAACAAGGCCAUCACCCUCAGCGGCUUCUGUGUAAUCUCUCCCUAGCACUGCCAGUGCUGUGGCUCUAACGGGAGAUAAAUAAAUGAUCUUGGGCCAACAAAACAGCUACCAAGUUCACUAUUCCCUGGGCUAGUAGCAAACCUGUUGGGUCCUCUGUUUUUGUUGAAUCCCAAAGGAGUAACUGGUUAAAUAGUGGGCAUGGCCUAGAAGAGAUUUUUCUUGUCUUAUUUUCUUCCACCACACCAUCCAGCCUCACAAGAAAUGUGGUAAGGGGCUGCUCUUCUCCUCUAGGCUAGAUUUCACCAGGACGGGCUGGGCAGUCAAGAACUGCAAUGUGUGAAUCUGGUCCCAUUGGUCCUCCUGAGAAGGGCCGCCAAAGAGCGGGGUCCUCAUUUCCUGCAUCCAGUUCGGCCCCAUGAAUUGAUCCCCAGGAUCUUAGGGCCACUGCCAAGCAUGAAUGCUGCAAUUCCAUAUCAUUCCUGGUGCCAUCUGCAGCCCAAGAAUGUCAACUGGAUGAGAGAUCCAGCAGACAUCAGCCCCUGUUCAUUGUCAAUGAAGACAUGUGGAAGGCGCUAUUUUUCCAGCGCCAGAAUCAGGCUCACUAGCCGUAAGUAUGCAAAACUAGCUUUGGUCACUCUGACUUGUAUAAAGUCCCACUAGCAAAUAUUACAGCUGGGAUGCUCCCAAAAUAUCAUUUGGCACUUCCAGCAGUGUGGGGAUGGAGGAGGUAGUGGACCCAUUUAUUUACCUCCUUCUGUGUACUAAACCCUGGUGAUAGACAUGGCAGAAAUACAUCCAACAAAUGUAACAGGGAUAUGGACAAGUAAACACACCAAUUACAAUACAAUGUGGUAAAGAUGCUGGAGGGAAGCAUGAGAUGCCAUUCCUCUGUGUUGGUAAUUGGGCAACAGUUGGGAAAGAGGUGAGCAAAUCUCUUCUGUGAAUACCAACUCAGGGGGACCCAUGUUUCCACUGCAGAAGGCCAAACCAGCAGAAGGCUAGAAGCCAUAAACCGAGCCCUGGCAGGAUCAGUGCCACCCUUUUUAACCCCAAGCUAGGGCUAUCUUCUGCAACGGGAAA